AUCUUCACAAUCGCAACACGUCCGAACACCGCCGAAAUGAGCUCCACCAUGACUGUGACAGAGACCGAACCGACAUACACCGAAAGAAUCCUCCAGCUAUUUCCCGAGAUCAACACGAGCCUCGCGACCCAGAACCGGUCAGCAACUCAAGACCAAGAUCUCGCUGGCUACGAUGAAGAGCAGAUUCGAUUAAUGGACGAGGUGUGCAUUGUGCUGGAUAAGGACGACGCACCAAUUGGCAGUGCGAGCAAGAAAGUAUGCCAUCUCAUGGAGAACAUCAACAAGGGCUUGCUCCACCGCGCAUUCUCCGUCUUCCUCUUCGACUCGCAAGAUCGCCUCCUCCUGCAACAACGCGCUUCAGAAAAGAUCACAUUUCCCGACCUGUGGACAAACACAUGCUGCUCUCACCCGCUAGGCAUUCCCGGCGAGACUGGUGCGACCCUCGAGGCUGCUGUGGCUGGUGUCAAGCGAGCAGCACAACGGAAGCUUGAUCAAGAGCUUGGGAUCAAGAAGGAGCAGGUGCCGAUCGAAAAGUUCGACUUCCUCACACGGAUACACUACCUCGCACCCAGCGAUGGAAAGUGGGGCGAGCACGAGAUUGAUUACAUUCUGUUUAUCAAGGCGGAUGUGGACUUGAACAUCAAUCCGAACGAGGUGCAGGCGACCAAGUACGUGUCGGCAGAUGAGCUGAAGGAUAUGUUCAAGGAUGAUUCGUUGAAGUUCACUCCGUGGUUCAAGCUCAUUUGCCAGAGCAUGCUAUUCGAGUGGUGGCAGAAUCUGAAUGGAGGACUGGACAAAUACAAGGGCGAGACUGAGAUCCGUCGCAUGUAGAUGUAGCAGUUCUUGCAUUGAGUGGGCAACGAGUUGGAGAAGUCGCUCUCGAGUACGGACAUGGCACAGAUACCCAGACAUGGUUUUGAGUUCAUUCUGUUCUGUUGCAUGAUAUCCCAAGACCUAGUAUUGGACGAGAAACACGGGAAUCUUAUGCUCUU